ACAUUUAAUUAGAAAUAAUUUGAGUGAGAAAGGUACCUACUAACCAUCAGAAUCAUUAUUUGUACAAAAUGUCCCAAGAUAAUCGUUAGUUGAAGAUAAUUUUUUUUACGAAAACCGGUUUUAUUCCUCGCAAAGUACAAGUUUUUUUCUGUUUAUUUAUAAUGGGAACCCUAGUGAAAAGAAAACGUGUCUGCUUCUGAAUCUUUCCCUUGCUUACUUUCACCUGUUUUUUUACAUCUUUGGCGCCUCCUGAUUUUUCUACAUCCACAAUUAACUAAUGUCUUUCAAUAACGAGGUUUCAAAGUCCACUGAUAAAGAUAAUAUGUUGCGGGGAAUAAUUAAAACAGUGGGUGGACCCAAGAACAUAUUUUUAGAGCCAUAUGUUGGUAAGUUGCAUCUGACCUGCAACUAUGCGUCAAUUAAAGCUCCUAAACAGGAUUUGCCAAGGUUACCUGUACCAAAUCUAAGGGAUACUCUUCAAAAAUAUUUGAAAUCAAUUAAGCCUCAUUUAACUGACCAAGAAUUUGUAGUUACUGAAAAUCUUGUAAAAGCUUUUGGUUCUGAAGAUGGUGUGGGACCAAAAUUACAAGCUUUACUGGAAAAACGGGCAGAGCACCAUCUGAAUUGGUUGGAGGAUUGGUGGCUGAACACAGCUUACUUGGAGUAUAGAGAUCCGGUUGUGGUAUUCUCUAGUCCUGGUCUAGUGUUCCCAUUUCGUAAAUUUACUACUCAAACUGAUCAGUUGAAAUAUGCGGCAAAGACUUUGUUAGCUGUUCUUGAGUAUAAAGACUUGAUUGAUAGUGAAAAAAUUCCUACAGAAAUGAUGGGUAAGAGUCCAUUGGAUAUGACUCAAUAUAAAAAGAUAUUUGGAACUUGCAGAAUACCCAUAAAAAACCGAGAUAAAUUGUCUUUCAACGACAGUUACCAUGUUUCUGUGUUCCACAAGAAUCACAUUUUUCGUUUAGAUCUCUGGGGAAAUGAUAAAGUGAUCUUGAGUGAGGAACAAAUCGUGCAGCAGUUGCAAAAGAUCAUAGAAUUGUCAAAGGAAUCCACAGAUGUUGCAGUUGGUAUACUGACAUCAGAAAAUAGAGAUACCUGGGCGGAAGCUUACAGGCUGCUUUCAAAAGAAAAAGUGAAUAAAGACUCCCUGGCUGAUGUGGAAAAAAGUAUAGCUGUAUUGUGCCUAGACGAACCAGUUGGCUUCUGGAAUCAUCAAAACAAAGACCAAAAACAAAAUGUCGCUGCGGCGCAAACAAUUCAUGGCGGAGGAUCUAAAAGCAAUGGCGGUAAUCGGUGGUUUGACAAGACAGUACAAUUUAUUGUCGGCGCUGACGGUGUGACCGGCCUUACGUAUGAACAUUCUCCUGCUGAAGGACAACCGAUAGCUGUACUAACGGAUUACAUUAUAAAUUAUAUCGAUCAAGAAAAGAAAUCGCCGCAUGCAUCUGCAAGUCCUAAAGAGCCAGUGCAGCUUAAAUUCCAAGUGAAUGAAGAUGUAUCUAAAAUGAUAAAAGUAGCUAAAGAAAAUUUGGACAAGUUGGUUCAUAACCUUGAGUUGAAUUGUUUUACUUAUGAUAAAUACGGUAAAAACUUUAUCAAGACUCAAAAGCUCAGCCCUGAUAGUUAUUUGCAAAUGGCUAUGCAGUACGCAUUCUACAGGUUAUAUAAGACUCCGGGUGCGCAUUACGAGUCAGCUGCUACUAGGAUGUAUAUCGGCGGUCGCACUGAGACUAUUCGCUCUUGCUCAAUCGAGUCGGUAGAUUUUGCGAAAACAAUGUUAAAUUCUCAGAGCACGCCUAAAGAAAAAGUUGCCGCACUUCAAAGAGCUAUAAAGGCCCAUAAGGAUUACACAGUUCAGGCCCUUCAAGGUCUUGGUAUUGACAGACAUCUUCUAGGAUUAAAAUUGAUUGCUAAAGAAAAUAACAUCGAAAUACCUCAAUUGUAUACGGAUGCAGGAUUUACCAAGAGUGCCCACAUGAGAAUUUCGACAAGCCAAGUUGCCUGCAAAUGCGACGGAUUCAUGUGUUACGGCCCUCUCGUGGCUAACGGAUACGCCACAUGCUACAACCCCCGCGACAACGACGUCAACUUCGCAACAUCUGCAUUUGUCGACAAUCCGGACACGGCGUGUAGCAAAUAUAGAGCGGCGUUAGAGCAAUCGCUUCAAGAUAUGCAGGAUGUAUUACUUCAAAAUACCCAAUCUAAAUUAUAAAUUAAAGGACAUGAGAUAAUCUUAUAUAUAAAAUUGUCACAAUGUUCGUUCCCGUACUCCUCCGAAACGGCUCAACCCAUUCUCAUGAAAUUUUGUGAGCAUAUUGAGUAGGUCUGAAAAUCGGCCAACAUCUAUUAUUCAUACCCCUUAGUGAUAAAGGUUGUCCACCCUUAACAUUUUUUUAACUAGAACUAGUGUGCAUGUUUCCAACUCCCGGGUUUGGACCCUGGGAUUUUUUAAGUAAGUUAUGUUGAAAAGUAUUUUAUAAAAAAAGGAUAACCACAAAGCAAUGAAAAACGCGCCCUCACGCGGUAAAUCUGAGCUGGUUCUGUGUGAUUGUAACAUUUUUGGGUAGCUUGGGAAUAGAUUUUAUGCCAAGGGUAUUGGAGAUUAUUACUAUAGGGAAAGUUAGACUGAAAUCGUAUCAUUAUAAAGGCGUCAUUAAUACUGAAAAGAAAAGCAUUUACACUAUGUACCUAAUGUAGAGAGGUACGAUUUAAUUCUCGCGCUGGUUAAGUACCUAGUGGCGAAUGAGUACAUUAUGUAAUGUCCCAUUGUAUAAUACUGGUAGUAUACAUCUGCGGCUCCGCCCGAGAAAAUAAAAACAAUCCCAGGCGUUUCUGUAAAUACUCUCUUAGUUCACCUCUAGCCCACAAACCCACAUAGAAUCUACAUGUUAAACUUCAAGUCUCUAGAAUUUAUUAUUAUAUUAUAGUUAUUCAAAAGCCAUCGAUUUGAACUGUAUUUUAUCAUCAGUCAGUUACAGAAGAUCCUAUAAGGUUUACUAGCAUAGCAAUGAUAUUCGCGUUUAAGUACUUUUUUUAAGCUGCAGUGAUAAUAAUAUCGGUAAGCGUUCCAUACUUCUAUUAUGUAUUUUCUAUUGAAUAUGUUAGGUAUUUAAAUGUUUUCUAUUGAACAUAUUGUUGAAAUUUACUUAUUUGUAAUGUAAUAGAAUUUGAUAAAAGUUAAUAAUUUAAGAGUCCUGUUACAUUCAGCUAAGGUUAUUUUAUCUGCAUUAAUGUUUACAUACAUAUCUGUCAUAUAUUUAUCCCUUAUAGGGUAGACAGAGCUAACGGUUACAAGACGGAAGGUUUAGCUGGAUGAUAUUGAAUUUGUACACAUAAAAAGAUAUAUUCUUUAAAUUAUAUUUAUGUUGUGUAAUGUGUUGCCAACAGGCUUUUCCGGGAAAACAAAUUUUGAUGUAUUUUAUAUUUUAUUUAUGACAUAAAAAGCUUCAAAUUCAAUAUUUUAUAAGAAUGUUUUACGAAUCAACUUGCUGCAUUGUCUAAAUUAAAUUCAUGUACAUUUUUCUUCAUCCGUAGCUAUGACAAAACACCCAUUAAUUAAAAGUAUUAUAUGUAGUUACGGGCAUAUAUUUUUACCCCAAUCCAAUUGUUGUUUUGAUUAAAUGUUUAACAUAAUUAUUA